GAGUUCAUCACGUUUCUUUUUUCACAGUCGACUGUCUGUCUCUGCAGAGGUGAGACUGGCAAGUUAAUUGGUUCCCUCAGGCGCUGUUUUUUUUUCAACUUCUUUUUAAAAUCCAGCUUUUCGUGCCGUCUACUACACCUGCCUGCCAAAGCGCCAGUGCUGAUGGGCGCGGCUGGGACCGGUGCCCAAAUCAGUGUUUUGACUUGCCUGGGAAAGUUGAGCGAAAAAGGCACAAAAGAAGCGAGGACUUUGAGAACAUCCCACCGCGGCGCCUCAACUUCAUAUAAUCACAUUAUACUCCUCCCGUGGAUCAGUCGGUCCAUCUUGAGAGGAGUCGGGAUUUGAUUGAUUGUUGCUGGAAUUGGCUGAAGAUAUGAUGGGAUGGACGAGUUAACAAGACAGAUGGACUUCUCAGGAGGCUUGUCAGAAGAAAAGGUUGUGACCGAAUCUGUAACCUCCACGACCAGACUGACUUCUCUACCACCAAAGGGAACCAGCGGAUCAAAUCACAGGAAUAUGUCCAGCAGUGCUGGAGGGCUGGGCUUGGAGAAGAAUGUCUUAACCCAGAACAGCAGUGGAACUUAUUUCUCUUCAUCCUCUGUAGGUGUGAACACCAGCAGCUACAGCUCCUCUUCAGGGGUUUACCUCGGAGGAGACUCCUCAGGAGUUGAUGGCGGGGGGAGCUACAUAGACGGAGAAGGGUACGGAAGUGGAGGAGGAGGCAGAGUCGGAGGCAGUUAUCUUGUGAGCUCGGUGUCAAAAGUCAGGUCCAGCUCGUCGGGUGGUGCCAGGAGAGCGCAGACUGCUGGCUCGUCAGGAGGCCUGUCGCCAGGUUUCCGGGAGAGGAAGAACAUAUCCAGCCGUUCGGGAGGAUAUGAUGGGAGUUCCAGUGCUAAUUCCUCCCCUGAAUUUACACGCAAAGAUUAUGGAAACUAUUGCUCCAGCACCACAAGAGGGAGGAGCGAAAGUAGAGAGAGCGAGAUCAGAGCCAGAUUACAAAGUGCCUCCCCCACCGCCUGCAGAUGGACGGAGCUGGAUGACGUGAAGAAGCUGCUGAAGGGACGCUCCAGCAGCGUCAGCCCCACUCGCUCCUCCAACACCUCCAUCACCCUGCCUGUCCCUAAAAAGGCUGGCGUGGAAACCAAGACCAUCUCUGUGGCCACUCAGUCGGAUUCGUCUUCACUUGGCUCUGGUGUGAGAUCAUGCCGGUUCCACACCAUUGACACAUCAGGCCGGUGUGAUACCAGUCUGACAACUGGCCAGUUUGAUACUGGUGUGAAAUCGGGCCAGCAUGAUGUCACUCUGAAAUCAGGCCAGUAUGAUACUGGUCUGAACUCAGGACAAUAUGACAUCAGUCUGAAAUCAGGGCAGUAUGACACCAGUGUGAGAUCAGCCCAGUAUGUUGCUGGUGUGCGAUCAGCCCAGUAUGAUACUGGUGUUAAAUCAGCUCAGUAUGACACCACUGUGAGAUCAGCCCAGUAUGAUACUGGUGUUAAAUCAGCUCAGUAUGACACCACUGUGAGAUCAGCCCAGUAUGAUACUGGUGUUAAAUCAGCCCAGUAUGAUACUGGUAUAAAAUCAGCCCAUUAUGACACCACUGUGAGAUCAGCCCAGUAUGAUACUGGUGUGGGAUCAGGCCAGUAUGACACACUGGAUGCUACGCAUCCAUCUUUCUCUUGGUCCACCUCCACGCUGCCCUCCUCCUCCACGGUGGUUGCUGGCAACACCAGCAGCUACACGUACCAAAUCGGCACCAACAACAUGCCGGGAGGAUCCUCGCCGCUCGGCCUCACCUCACCCUCGUCCCUGUCAGUUUACGGCUUUCAGAAUAAUCUGGCUCCUACCACUACAAGUGUGCUCACCACCAGCGGAGCUAACGUAAACGCUAGCCUAGGAGGUUAUGGCGUUCAGAAGAAUGUGUCAAAUGGUGGUGUCACAAGCACUGGAGUCUCUACAACCACUAGAUCCCAAACUGAUGACUCAUAUAAGAAAGACUAUAAGUUCCUGAUCUCUGACAAGGAGAACGUUCAAGCCAAGAGGGACACAGAUAUGCUCAUUUUGGCUAAAGACAGCGGGAAGCAGUUCACCAGCAGCAGCAGCGUUCAGUUUGGAGGAGGGUCGCUGUCAGGAGAUUCAAUAAAGAAAGAGAAGCUCAUUUCAAGUUACAGUGAGACGAUGCCGCUGAAGACGGAGACAGGAAACUCUUACUAUGGGUCAUCUGGAGUUGUCAUGAAAGACAAAGCCACCUAUGCAGAGAUCCACAGGGACAGUGGCAUCUUCGGAGGUGGCGGGCUAUGCUGCUGCUCUGACGCAUGUUGCUCCUGGUGGAAAUGGCUGCUGGGUCUUCUCCUCCUCUCCCUGCUCCUGCUGGGACUCCUGUUUGGGCUCAUUGCACUGGCUGAGGACGUGAGAAAGCUGAAGAAUCGCGUGGCCACCCUGGAGGCCUCGAACUCUGUCUUAAAUGCUGAGGCCAGUCGACUGACAGACAACAGAGUCAAUACUGACGCCGAUGGUACCGACUUCACUGAAAACACUUCUCUUCAGACGACGAUCCAGCAAAUCUUAAGAGCUGAAAUGCAAUCACAGGCAUUCAAAGGUUUACUAGUAUCGUCAGUGCAGGGAGAGAGAGGACUUCCUGGACCUAAAGGGGACCCUGGAGCUAAAGGAGAUUCUGGUUUCACUGGACCUCCAGGUGCUCCGGGCCUGAUGGGACAUGCAGGCCCCGAGGGUCCGAAAGGACAGAAAGGAAACCAAGGUGAUCACGGGCUGGAUGGGCCGCCAGGUAUGAGGGGUCGUGAGGGCCCAGCUGGCCCCAGAGGUGAGCCAGGACCUUCAGGCUUUGGAGCAAAAGGUGAAAGAGGUCCUCCUGGAGAUCCUGGGGUUCCUGGGUCUGUGGGAUCUAUUGGACCAAAAGGCCCACCUGGACCUCCUGGGCUUUCUGGACCACCAGGCCAACCAGGUCCUCAGGGUUUCCGUGGCGAACCAGGCCCACCUGGGACUAAAGGUGACAGAGGGCUUGCUGGAUUUCAAGGACUUAAAGGUGAACAGGGUGACAAAGGUCUCAGAGGUCUGCCAGGUGAUUCUGGUUUACCAGGUCUACAAGGGCCAGCUGGAGAGAAAGGAACCAAAGGAUCCACUGGUGAUCAAGGACCUCCUGGGCCCCCUGGACUCAGAGGCCCUUCUGGGUCUCCUGGUGAUAAUGGAAUUCAAGGAGCACCUGGGCUUCAAGGACCACCAGGGAUACCAGGGAAUCCAGGACAGCCUGGCCCGAAAGGUGAAACAGGUGAACCAGGAAGAAUCAUCAACGCUGCUGGCUCCGCUUCUGUUGGUAUCCCAGGACCACCUGGGCCUGCUGGUCCUCCUGGCCCAGCAGGACCUCCAGGAUUAUCAGGUCCCAUUGGCCCUGCUGGUCUGCCUGGCCAAGCUGGUCCUAAAGGUGACAGGGGAGCUCAGGGAGAACCAGGAAUAACAGUGAGAACGGCUGAUAGUAUAAGCUCAGACAGAGCUUCCAGGCAGUUUGUUGCCAGUGAUGCAUCAGGAAAACCCGGCCCGCCCGGCCCACCGGGUCCUCCUGGACGUCCAGGAGAUUCAAGACAAGGACCUCCAGGACCGCCUGGGCCUCCAGGUCAGCCAGGUUAUGGAAGACCAGGACCCAAGGGAGACAAAGGAGAUUUUGGAGGCUUUGCAUCCAACUCUGGCACGUAUUACACCGGACCACCAGGACCACCUGGACCAGCUGGGCCUUCUGGGCCUAAAGGAUCAGCAGGUUCUCCUGGACCAAGGGGAUACCAAGGUGAACCAGGCCAGCCAGGCGCCCCAGGAAGACCAGGAAGCUCUGAGAGGGUGACUUACUCCGGAGGACACGGGAUCCCUGGUCCACCAGGUCCACCAGGGCCUCCUGGACUUCCAGGACCACAAGGAUUUAAAGGGGACACUGGGGCUCCAGGUAUUCCUGGUUCUUCAAGAGGCUCCAUCUCAGUCACCUCAGGCCCUCCUGGUCCCCCAGGUCCUCCUGGUCCUCCAGGCCAUCCAGGCUCCUUUGCUUCUUCUAGUGAGAUGCACCAGUACAUCACUGACUAUCUAAGUAGAAGCAGACUGGCUGUUAUCGCCGGACCUCCAGGUCCACCUGGGCCUCCAGGAAUCCCUGGAACCUUCUCAGGCUCUAUGGAGGACAUCUCUACUCGCGUCAUUGCAUACAUACAACGUUCGGGCUCAGGCCUCAGCAUUGGUGUUCAGGGCCCUCCGGGACCUCCGGGUCCUCCUGGACCUGGCUCUGGAUCCCUGACGGUCGGUGGUCUCAUCGCCAUGCUUCAGAGAGACGAUGUGAGGAGAUAUUUGUCAGGACAACCAGGGCCACAAGGACCACCGGGACCACCAGGGACAUCAGGAGGAAUUUCAGGCAGUUACAGUGCGGAGGAGAUAGCCACUUAUGUCUUCAACUUCAUGAAUGAAAGAGGCAUCGCUAGAGGUCCACCCGGACCACCCGGUCCUCCUGGGCCUUCUGUUGCAGUGGGCUCCGGCUUCACUACCACUACAAUUGACUAUUCUGCACUGAUAAGAAAUUCAGAAUUCCGCUCCUGGAUUAGCUCUGCCAUACAAAGUGGCCCUCCCGGUCCUCCGGGUGUCCAAGGGCUCCCUGGCCCUCCAGGCCCUCAGGGGCCACCAGGAGUCUCCACUGCCACUGUGUACGGGGCAGGAGGUCGUGGCUACAGCUUGGAGGAAAUUCAGCGUUACCUGCAGAGCUCUUCUCAGUUCAGAGGUCUUCCCGGCCCUCCUGGCCCUCAAGGUCCACCGGGACCACAGGGUCCACCAGGCAGUAACUCUGGAUCAGUUUCCUACAGUGGAAACUUCCCUCGGGAGAGCAUCCGCUCUGAAGUUCAAGAGUAUCUAACCAGUGACAGUGUACGUCGUUCCUUCAUCGGACAACCAGGGCCUCCAGGACCAAGGGGUCAGAAAGGAGAGCGUGGAGAUUCGGGUUACUUCCAGAGCCACACGCAGAGCCGGAGCUACUCCCAGGGCGACUCUCGCUAUGGCUCUGAGCACAGAGAGACCGACGUCAACAAGCUCGCAGAGACGCUGGACUACUCCAGCGUGGCCUUGAAAGUGACUGACUACAUCAAGAAUCAAGGCCUGCUGCAGCAGUAUCUAGUUGAGGGUCCUUUGAGGACAAAUGUCAGAGCGAUUCAAGGCCCCCCUGGUCCACCCGGACCUUCUGGACCACCUGGUCAGAGCCGCGUCUUCGCCGCCUAUGGCAACAUCACAGCUGACCUCAUGGACUUCUUCAGAAUCUAUGGCACCAUACCUGGCCCUCCAGGAAGCCCUGGACCAAAGGGAGACCGAGGGUACCCAGGACCCAGAGGAGACAAAGGUGAUCCUGGACCCCAGGGUUUACCAGGGUUAUACACAAUGCAAAUUCCACACAGAGUGCAGAAGAGGGAUACAGGCAAUGAAGUGAUUGGUCGUUAUAAGAAGCAUCGCCGUCGAGCCAUCGGGGGCUAAAGUGCUAACAUACUACUGGAUCAUGUCAGAAUUUCUUUUUACUCCUUUUAUUUUUUUAGAUGUUCAACUGUAGCGAUGCAAGUAGUCAAAAUGCUCCUUUUUGUUGCCAUGUGUAGAAAAGUCAGAGGACAAAUUGAGAAAAUAAAAGCGGCCAAAACAAUGCAUCGGUGUCUUUAAAACAGCUUCAGUAGGAUCUAGCUGCUGGUCAGUGUUUCUGUAACACAAGACUUUUAUUUGGGGGUGUAUUAAGUUUACUUUGCUUAGUUAGAAGCUUGCAUUCAAACAUUUUCCAGGGGCAACUUUGCUUUAAGAGAAAAUCUAUUUUUAAGCAAUUGGCAAUUGCUGAAUUUUUAAAAUUGCACUUUGCAUCUUUUCCCAUUGCUUGUGUUAGUCGAGUGUCUGGUGUAGUUUCUUAAGUGUUUUGUCUUUUGAGGAAUAUAUUGUACUGAGGACUAUAUGUGUUACAUGUUGUGUCAACGCUUCAGUGUUUCAUAAAAUGCAAUAAUGGCAGAUUAUUUACACAAAUCAAGCCAACCUCAGACCCCUGGCUGUUAUCCGGUCACUAAAUACAAAUUAUUAAAUAAUUAACAUUUUUAAAUAUAUAAAACAAAUGCAUCAUCUGAACCUGAGAGUCGGAGUGAGGGGGGGAUUGGGACGAGGGUUACAGUAAAUGUUAAUGUAGUCAGGACUGAGGAUUUAGUUGAAAGGUUUGUUGGAGACAUUAAUGGUUGAAAAACAGGGACUCAGAUAAUGACUGAUUGGAGUGUAUAUUUUUGUAUAAGAGCGCACUGAAAUUGAUAUAUUUUCUUUAUACCUUUAAAAGUGUUGGAAAGAUUAAAUUAUAAAAUGUUCCCAGGUUAUGUUUUACAUGAUUAGAUUUAUUGACAUUUGAUCAAUAUAUUUGAAAGACACACAAAUAAAUCUAUUUUUUGGA